CGCUACGAAAAGCUACGGUAGUCCUGCAGACAGUGCUCUGGCAUUGCUGUCCUCUCCGAAUCGUGAGUAGCUCCCUCAAAGUUGAUUCCGGCGCGAGCUCCACCGAUGACACAGAUCUUCUUACGCGCAGAUCGCCGUGGUAGACGGACCUUGCCUAUGCGUCGAGAACGCGCUUCGCCAAAGCUAUCCGGUGCCAGCGCUACUCGAAGCGACCAUCGUCUGCGUAAUUUCCGUUAUCGCGCGGCUGCUCACGACGAGCAACUCGCUGACGUGGCCUGGAGCGGAACUUUGUGGGCAAACAAGCUUGGUCGAUCCGUUCAGCUGCGACAACGCGAGCAACCGUCUCAGCGCUUACUUCCGAGCGUUGCUCAGCGCAAGGGCAGCGGAAACGGCGUUCCUCGCAUGACGCCACAAGGUCGUGCAAACGCAAGCAAGCGCCUCAGGCUGCCACUUUUCUCGAAUCAAGCAAAUGCUCUCAAAGGCCCAGCUCGGAGGCAGAGCGAGGCUGAUGGCGCGCAUCAGAGGUACGACACCAAUGAAGAACCCAGCCGAGAUGAUGUAGCGGCCUUUGAUAGCUACAUAGAUCGCCACGCUAGCAUUGGUGAAGGUUGCGAACCACAGCGCCUGACGCUCUUCGAACCAUGUUCAAGCUUGUCGGCAGUUUUGUACGACACGACAAUCACAUGACACUCAG